UUAUACCACCAUGUUUGUUCUGAUAGAAUUACCGGCGGUUCCAUUUUUCAAUCCCUCCAUUUGGGGUGGCUAUACUCGAGACUGUGGUUCUAUUAGAAUAAAUACAUUUAUAGUCAAAAAGCUUUUUAGUUGCAGGUCCUCUGUUUGUUUUGGCUAUACUUUUACUCUUAACUCUUCUUCUAAACAACCAAAUUAUUUUUAAAUACUUUUUCUCUAAAAAUAAAUAAAUAUUUAAUUUAAUAUUAAAAAGCUGUCCCCCCCCCUCCCCCCUCCCUUUCUUCCUUCUCCUUUUUUUCUCACGACUUUCCUUUUAAUUUUUUUUUUUUAAUUUUUUAAAAAAUUGUUUGUGUUCAUUUAAAAAAAGAAAAAACGUGUAAAAAUAAUAAAUAAAAAGCUUUUUUACUUUUUAAAAGAAUUGAUUUUUUCUCGAAUAUUUAUUUAUUAAUUUCUAGUCUUUUUUCAUUGUUUUAUUUUUUAAUAGACAUAAAUUGUUGGCUGUUAAAAUAUUUAAAAUAAUUAAAUAUAUUUUUUAAAUUUUAAUUUGUCUCCGGCAUUGGAGGGUGGGACCGCAAAAUAACUUCAUCACCUCUAGUUCGACUCACCUUUCCAAGCUCUUUCGAAUGACACCUUACACGACCUGUUUUGACCACGGAGAAAAAAGGGCAUAUUUUUU